AUGGCCGCCGCCGAAAGGACCCCAGCCCCCGCGCCCCGCGCCGAUGAGGAGGCGGCGUCCGCCGCCGCGCGCCACGCGGCAGGCUUCACGCAGCGCCGCGUGAUGGCGGCCGCGGGCCUCGCCAUGUCAGCCGGCACCCUCAUCAUAUUCGGCGGCCUGGCGGUGUACGCGCUGCCCCACCCCCCAAAGGCCAUGGGCUGGACGACCCUGCCAAAGGGCGAGGCCGGGCUGACUCUCCCCGAGCUCGGUCGCGUCGCCGCCCUCGCCGCCGCCCUCACGGCCGCCAUCCUUGCGCUCCAAGAGGCGGCCCUGCGCCCGCUCCUCGGCGCCGCGCGCCGCCAGACGACCGAGGCCGUUUUUUACGUCUCGAGCAUGCUCAUCCGCGCGGUCUUCCUCGCCCUCCUCGCCCGCCACCACCUCGGCCCGGGCCGCCACGACGCGGCGGCGGUCGGGGACGGGUGGUUCCGGCUGCCCGCGGUCGCCCUGUUUUAUGCAGCGUAUGCCACAGACCUAGUCCAGAUGAUCGGGCGCUACUCGGACUUUCCAAAGUCGUACACGGGCAUGCUGAUCCCGCACCACUGGAUCUCGCUGUCGUUCUUCAGCCUGUGGCUGGUGUUCCUGUCGCCCCGGGGGCCCGGGGGGGCGCCCAACUGGAACACG